AUGUCCAAGCCGCUUCCGCUUGUCGGUGUUGUCGCUCCCAACCUAGGGCUUACCCGAACCAGUCACUCAGCUAGCUCGCUUUCUGACUGCUUUAUUCCCGUAAACUCUUACGGCUUCCUCUUGGAUUCUCGACCCGGUAGCCGAGUAUCGCUUGCACGCAUGUGCGUACCUGAUGUUGGCAUUGUUCGGGCGCCCUCAACUCACAUAUAUAUUUGUUCACCAGAGCUUGAAUUUUCCCACCCUCGGACUUUGAUUGGGGAUCGGUUCGCCGCUUCCGACAUAUCAUUCGAGGAACCGUCUCUUCUUCCGCUGUUAGGCGCCCGAGGAAGAUCGGCCUUGCACCCACCCGAUAGCCACCACUCGCUUCUUGAAUCCUGCCACCACCACCCCAAUGGCCGCCGCCUUGCAAUCCUCUACGUCUCGCAGCUCAUCCUACUCUCGCUUUGGGAAUGGCUCGUCUGCACCUCUACCGCUAAUCCCGAGACGAUACCAGAACUCGCCCGGGCAGUCACGGCCAACCAGUCGGAGCUCCUCCCCUGA